ACGUGACAGCAGCAAGCUUCAAACGGCUGAGAGUGCGGCGCUGCGCGAGCCUCAUCAUCCUCUUCCCAACAGCCAGCAGAACCUCUGCAGCGGCAGAGAGGAGAACCGACCGAACCACCGGAGGGUCUUCACCGAGCCAAGGAAGCGGGCAACAUGGCGGUCCCCCGUUAAAACCAGACCCACAUUUAUCCUCUUUGUUCUACCCCCCCGACGCCUCGCUGUCUUUACGCGCCUCCGCUGAGGAGGGGCCGCCGCCGAGGAGAAGGAGAAGCGCUCCCGAUACAGGAGGAGAGCAGGAGCGGCUGAGGAGGCAGCUUUUCAAGCCGGAGACCUGUUCAGUUCGGUACCAGCCGAAUGGCGGACCGCGAGGCGUCUCCGAUACCGUUGGAGAUCCGAGCCCGGCUGGCGGAGCUGGAGCUGGAGCUGUCAGAGGGGGACAUCACUCAGAAGGGUUAUGAGAAGAAGAGGUCCAAGCUGAUCAGGGCAUAUGCUGGAGCUUUUCUGCCUGCUUCUGUAGGUAUGGAGGGGCCCAUGUCUCACCGGGCCCCGCUCGGCCCUCCAGUCGCCGCCCGUUUCCACCGACGGAGAACGUCUGGAACGAGAGACGAGCGCUACCGAUCAGACGUCCACACUGAGGCGGUCCAGGCAGUGUUGGCGCGGCACGUGGAGAGGAAGAUGGCGGUGCCCAUGCCUUCCAAACGGCGCUCUCUGGUGGUCCAGACCUCUAUGGAUGCGUACACGCCUCCAGGUGAAGAUGCUCACUCUACACAGCCUCUCUCUCUCUGAGCUACUGCACUGGGAUCUAAAAUUAGCUGUGAUAAAAGCAGCUUAUAUUAGUGAGUUGCAUCUCCUGACUUUCCUCCAGAGAAGAAGCCCUUUGCUCAGACAGGAUUACACCUCUUCAGCUCUCAGCUUUCUCAGACCGCUCUGACAGAGGAAUGCUCACCAUCUUGGAAAAUGCAAACAAUGCAGAUUCUCUGUGGCGUAAAAACCCGCCGAGGGAUUUACAGAACACCAGACCAUGGAAAGCUGUAACCGCUGCACCCAGCCAACAUCUGCAGCUGAAGUAACAUUAAAUGUUUUUGUUAAAAAUUCCCAAAGAUGGGCAGUGGAGAUGACCUCUACGUCAAACCAGACCUCAUUAGAUUCUCUGUAACCAGAGUUGAUGCAAUCGAUUUGAUCUUGAUUGAAUUUUAAUGGAGAAAUAAUAAUUUGCUCCUUUUAUAAUUUCCUUCUUAACCUUUGAGAAUGUCCUUAAGUAGA